AAAAAUUCGGGAAUCGAUAUUAUUUUUAAAAUAUCGCAAAUAAAACAAAGAAAUAAAUAAUAAAAGAAAGACAGAGAUAGAAUAAAGAUUGAUCGUUAAUGCCAUCUUUUAUACAUGUAUGAUAUCUAAUCUAUAACUAGGAUAAACUAAAAUAAGAAAAUCAGUAUUAUUGGAUAUUUUACUUUUUAUUUUUGUAGAGAUUUUUUUUGAAAAUUGAUAGAUGGUGCUGAUAAUCAAUUCUUAUUCUAUCUUAUUCUAUUAUUUUGCUAUUUACUUUCCUUAUCUAAAUUUUUGUUUUGUCACGGCACUCUAAAAAUAACAUUCAUUUUACAAUUUUUAAUCUAUCUUUAUCUAUUCUCAUACUAUUUACUUUCUUUGUCCAUACUCUUUAUUGAAUUUCAUAUUUCUUAUGAAAUGAAAUGAUUUAAAAAUAAUAAUGAAUGAAAAUAUAAGUUAUAAAAAAAUAUAUCAUUUUCAAAAUGAAAAGACAGCAAUUUUAAAAUUAGAUGUAUACAUAAAAAAAUAUGAAAAAAAGUUCGGAAAAAUUUCAUCUCAAAAAACUUUGCCACCAAAACAAUUAAAAUUAUUAAAUCUUAUGCAUAAAUUAAUAAAAACUAUAGAAAAAGAGGAAAUCGAGAAACAACAAGCAUUUCAAUUACUGAAGACAUCUAAUGAUGCAAUAAGAACAACUAUUUCUACGUUUCAAGAUUCAAUGAAACGAUAUAAAGAAAGCGUAAGAACUGAAUUUGCAAAACUUGAUUGUUUAAGUACAAAUCGACUUUUAAAUAUUAAUUAUAUACAUAUAUAAUUUAUCAAUGUCAAAUUAAAUAUUAAAAUUAUAAAAAAAUAUAGA